AUUUUCCUGAGGGUGUGGCCUGAAUUUGCAAACAAGGUGAGGCUGGCCCACGCACUUGCAUUUGCACACUAAGUCUGUGGCACUGCGCACCUCAGUUGCCACUUGUCUACUUCAACACAGAAGAUGAAUCUAUCUGACGCUCUUGAGGAUAGCUCCUCCUCCGGGGCCGGCAGCCAAUCAGUAGGAAGCGGGGCUUGGCCCCAACAACCCAACCAGUCUCAGUGGCCUGGUGGGUCCACCAACCCCACCUGGGGUGGAGGGGCAAGUUUGUGGCCUGGACAGCAGCUCUCAGCCGGUGGCCAAAGCGGACCUCAAUGGCCUGGACAGCAGCCCUCAGCUGGUGGCCAAGGUGGACCUCAGUGGCCUGGACAGCAGCCCUCAGCCGGUGGCCAAAGCGGACCUCAAUGGCCUGGACAGCAGCCCUCAGCCGGUAGCCAAGGCGGACCUCAGUGGCCUGGACAGCAGCCUGUACCUGGUGGCCAAGGUGGAUCUCAGUGGUCUGGACAGCAGCCUGUACCUGGUGGCCAAGGCGGAUCUCAGUGGCCUGGACAGCAGCCUGUACCUGGCAGAGGAGGAGCUCAGUGGCCAACCCCCUCACCAGGGGCCGGGAACUGGCCCGCGCCAUCGCCCGGAAUAGAAGCUUUGGGUUCUCUGAAGGUCCCGUACAACCAAAAGCUUCCCAAAGGACUGAGAAGUGGAAGCGUUAUUCACAUCAAAGGAAAUAUCAAUUCCAAUGCUGAUAGGGUGACGGUGGACCUGUCCACCGACAGGGAUCUGAUGUUCCACUUCAAUCCCCGCUUCAACGAGAGCGGCAGGAAGGUGAUCGUCAGGAACAGCAGAAUUGGUGGCAGGUGGGGCAACGAGGAGAGGAACCUGUCGCGCUUCCCCUUCGCAGCCGGCCAGCCCUUUGAGAUGAAGAUCGAGUGCACAUCGAGUAUGUUCAAGGUCUCUGUUCAAGGCUCCCACUUGUUGGAAUUCAAACUCCGCGGUGGAAACCCGAGUCAGAUCCGAAGUUUGGACAUCUAUAACGACUUGUCGCUAUCGCAUGUUAGCAUCCAGUGACCUCUCACUUGACGGCCUCUGAACGCAGGCGUCUCCUUGAGUCAGACAAUUAAAGUCAACUUCGACACCGCUUA